AUGGCACAGGGGCUGCGGAGCGCCGGGAAGCCCCGCCGCCGCCCGGCCCCACCGCUCCGCCCGGCCCGGCCCCGGGAGGGCCCUCCUGCGGGCGUGGGGCUCGGCGCUGCCGGGAGCAGGUGACACCGCGACCGCCCCGCGCCGUGUGCGCGGCAAUGUGCGCGCCCGUGUAGCGCGGCCGCCCCAUGGGCACGGCGCCGGCUCGUUCCUCUGCCCCCCGUCUCUGGAAGCGCCGGCAGGAAGCGCGCCUCAUGUCUCCCAGAUAAAAGUAAAAGCGCUCCCUCCUCCUGGCAGCGCAGCGCCCCGCGCUCGGCCCGACGCGGGGUGCGCGGCCCCGCCAUCCCCGGCUCCCCCGUGCCGCCGCCCCAUAUGGACAUCGCCUCGGGCCCCGAGUCCUUGGAGAGGUGCUUCCCGCGCGGCCCGACGGACUGCGCCAAGAUGCUGGACGGCAUCAAGAUGGAAGAUCACCCGCUGCGCUCGGGUCCGGCCACGCUCGGAGUGUUACUGGGGUCGGAGUGCCCGCACCAGGCCGUGUGCGAAGGCUGCCAGAGGCCCAUCUCGGAUCGCUUUCUGAUGAGGGUGAACGAGUCCUCCUGGCACGAGGAGUGUUUGCAGUGCGCGGUGUGUCAGCAAGCCCUCACCACCAGCUGCUACUUCCGGGACCGAAAGCUCUACUGCAAACAGGACUACCAACAGCUUUUUGCUGCCAAGUGCAGUGGCUGCAUGGAAAAAAUUGCCCCAACAGAAUUUGUGAUGAGAGCCCUGGAGUGUGUUUACCACUUAAGCUGCUUCUGUUGCUGUGUUUGUGAGCGACAGCUGAGAAAAGGGGAUGAGUUUGUUCUUAAGGAAGGGCAGUUGCUCUGUAAAAGUGACUAUGAGAAAGAGAAGGACCUGUUGAGCUCCGUCAGCCCAGACGAUUCCGACUCAGUUAAAAGCGAUGAUGAAGAUGGAGAUGUUAAGCCCACCAAAGGACAAGUAACACAAGGAAAAGGAAGUGAUGAUGGGAAGGACCCAAGGAGACCUAAACGACCAAGGACAAUACUCACUACGCAGCAGAGACGAGCAUUCAAAGCAUCCUUUGAAGUGUCUUCCAAGCCCUGUAGGAAGGUCAGAGAAACUCUAGCAGCUGAAACAGGACUCAGUGUGCGAGUUGUCCAGGUUUGGUUUCAAAACCAAAGAGCAAAGAUGAAAAAACUAGCACGAAGGCACCAGCAGCAGCAGGAGCAACAAAAUUCUCAGCGACUAGGGCAAGAAGUAAUGUCUAACCGAAUGGAAGGAAUGAUGACAUCUUACACACCACUUGCACCACCGCAGCAGCAGAUUGUAGCAAUGGAUCAAAGCAGUUAUGGCACAGACCCAUUUCAGCAGGGUCUGACCCCUCCACAAAUGCCAGGCGACCACAUGAACCCUUAUGAGGUACCUCACACAUUGACACGGAUCUCCUGGCAGGGCCUGCACUUUGCCAUCCUCCUGUAAACAGGACGUCAAGAGGGUUGGCCAACUACAUUUUAAAGGUUUCAAAUUCACAAAAGAAAAACUGGAAUGAAAUCAUCAUUUGCUUGUGGGUAUUCCAGAAAUAAGAAAGAGGCUGAAUUAAUUUAUAAGUGAUUCACCAUGAAAUACACAUUCCGUAUAGACAAAAUUCACUCACUCAGCCACAACCAAGCCUUGAUGGUUUCAGCUGUUGCUUUCUCUGUGAAGUGAUAUUUCAUUAACAAAAGCAAAUGAGAAGAUAUUAGGUGAAUUCUUAUUAUUUCUAUGACUAGAUCAAUGCCAUCUGUUUAGAUCAAAGACCACAAGGUAAACAAGACGAACCUCAAGCAUAGGCUAGGAAAGUUCACAAUGUUGAGGCAGGGAUUCAAAUAAAACUAGAAAAAACAUCAUUCUCAUACUGAAGCUACGUCUAAUAAUAAUAGUGAAAAAAUACUGCUCUUUUGCCAAUACUACAGAAUGGGUAGCAAGCUUAGUAUAGAAUUAUUGGGAUUUUUAAUAGAUUGCUCUGUACCCAGGAUGUUCAUUCUCUAGGAUGCAGAUUAUUAAUGUUCCAAUUAUAAUAAUCACACUUCAUUUACAAACAGAUCAUACUAACGUCAGUUUGCUGAUCACUUUUUAAGCUCACUUGUGUAUUAAAAUAGGUUUCCAAUAGGGUGCGUUGAUGGUGUAAAUUACUUUGGAAAGAGCACGGUGAAAUAAUUGAAACAGUAGGAUAUUAGUGCCUGAAGAUACAGAGCUUGAGAUUUGGCUAGAAUUCUUUCACACCUGAUGGACACUAACUUGCACACUUAAGGGUACAAGAUCCGUUCCUGAAGCUUACCUGCACUCUGGAUUUACAGAGGAUGUGUUUUCAUUAAAGAUGGCUGAGUAUUAUUAUGAAGACAAAGGCAAUGAUGGUGAACAAAAAAA